AUGAAAUUUGAAGAUCUUCUUUCAGAGAUUAAUGGAUUUGGAAGGUUCCAGAUAAUGGUCCUGCUCAUCAAUUUUCUGGGUCGAUUCAGUCUUGCGUGUCAUUUCCUGCUAAGCAACUUUAUCGCUGCCAUCCCAUCUCAUCACUGUGACAUCAGCGGUCUGGAUGCUGACGGGAUCUUUGGGAAUCUGAGUCGGGAGGAGAGGCUGACUGUCAGUAUUCCAAAACAGGAAGAUGGGACUCCUGCUUCCUGUCACAUGUUCUCUCAUCCUCAGCUUCACCUGCUGUCAAACUCAUCGAGCAGCACAGAUCUUCCUGUUGUUAGGUGUCAGAAUGGAUGGGAGUAUGACAACAGCACAUUCAGCAGCACUCUGGCCACACAGUGGGAUCUAGUGUGUGACGAAAGAGCAAUGAACAAACUGACAACCACAAUCUUCUUCAUUGGGGUCAUGUUUGGAGCAGGUGCUUUUGGAAGCCUGAGUGCAAUAUUUGGACGAAAGCCGAUGCUACUUGUGUCGUAUGUAUUAGGAAUGGGUUUUGCAGUGGCCAGCGCUUUUUCCUCCUCCUUUAUCAUGUUUGCAGUGUUGAGAUUCUUCACUGGAUUUACCAUCACUGGCAUUGUUAUCAUCUCUACUGUACUUAAUGUGGAGUGGGUGGGCAUCGAGCACAGGAGGUUGGUAGGGGUGAUUGACUGUAUGUCCUGGACAUUUGGCACCAUGUCUUUAGCUUUGAUUGCAUAUUUAAUUCGAGACUGGCGAUGGCUGAUAGUUGCCACCUCAUUGCCCAUCAUUAUUGCCAUUGUCACGUGGUGGUGGGUUCCGGAGUCGGCCCGCUGGCUCAUAGCCAAUGGAAAGGUGGAUAAAGCUCGCUAUUAUCUUCGUAAAUGUGCAGUUAUGAACAACAGAGAGGAAGUGGUUGCCAGGAUAAAAUCUGAGCACUUGGCUAAUAUCAUAGUUACUGACAAAAGAAACAGGAAAUAUUCAUACCUGGACCUGGUUAGAACUCCAAAGAUGAGGAGGCUGGCUUUACUCACAGGAUUCACCUGGUUUUCUGUUGCUACUGUUUCCUAUGGAAUUAGCUUUAACAUCUCAGGCUUUGGAUUAAACAUGUACCUGACUCAGUUUGUGUAUGGAGCCAUUGAGGUUCCUGCUAAACUGAGCAUCUAUUAUCUGCUGGAGAGAUUCGGAAGAUGCAAAACAGAGACUGGAGCUCUACUAUUGGUUGGAAUCAGCCUCAUGAUUAACAUAUUCAUACCUAGAGAUAAGACGGUUGUUCGUACUGUAAUAGCUGUGCUGGGAAGAGGCUGCUCAGGAACAUCUUUUGGCACAAUCAUUUUGUACAGCUCUGAGCUUUUCCCCACUGUCCUCAGGCAAAAUGGGAUGGGCUAUAACUCCUUCUUGGCACGUCUGGGAGUGUCUGUGGCUCCUCUGAUUUUGCUAUUGGAUGGUAUAUGGAGCCAAGUCAUCUUAUCUUCUCUUGCUCUCUGUGCUGCUCUGGUGGCUUAUCAACUACCUGAGACACGGGGCAAGUGUCUACCUGAGACUAUUGAUGACGUUGAGGGAAUAAGGUAACUAUGUCUUAGGAGGGAUGACUCACAACAACAUCUAAAAACAAGAGCAGAAGGAGGCACUGAAAUGAAAUCGCAAGAAAAAUAGUACAAUGUUGUACCAGAUUGUUUUAGAAUAUUAAACAUGUGAAUGUUUUAUGAUGAAUAAUUUGUAGAAUAAGUAACAGAAUAAUGUGUAGAAUAAGUAACAGACUUACUAUGUUAAUCAAAAACCCCAAAUUUUAAGUGUAAUAAUUGAAAGAAAUGUAUUGGUCUAGAGUCUAGAGUUAAAGUUCAGUGUUAUUUGUCUGGCUUAAGAAUGUAGCUGAAGAGCUAAAUUGUGCUUUCCAUUUUUUGUCUCAUCCCAUCUUCUAGACCCCAAAGGUUGAACAACUGAAAUAUUUACUGGAUGUCUACACCCUCGCCCAUAACCACUUAACUUUUUGACUAUACAGUAUAAGAUCCUACAGUACAAAUGUUUAAUGACAUUAUCUUAUACACCUGCAUUUCACAUUCAGUUGUCCUCGCACCUUUGUUCUGCAUGGCAUACUAAACAAUAUUCAGUAUUUAGUUCAGUAUUUAUGUUCGAUAUUAGUAUUGACUGCUUUCAUAACGUUGACAGAAUAGGAAAUAACCAGACUUAAAGGAAUAGUGCACCUUCAAAAUGAAUUUACACACCCUCUUGUCAUUUCCAACCUGAAUGAAUUUCUUUCUUCUGCAGAACACUAAAGAAGAUGUUGACUUGGAUUGGUUUUGUGUCCAUACAAUAGAAGUGACUGGGGACCAACAGUUUUUGGUUGCCAACAUUUUUCUUUUGUGCUUUGCAGAAGAAAGAAAAUCACACAGGUUUAAAAUGACAAUAGAGUGAGAAAAUGAUGACAGAAUUUUCAAUUCGCAGGUAAACUUUUCCUUUAUUUCAAGAGUGUAAGAAAAGUCCCAAACUUGUACAGUUCAAUGAAAUCCCUUCAUCUGGAAUGCAUCCAAAGUUCGAUGCUGUUCUUUAACCAGUUGUCUGGAUUAUUGCCAUGCGCUUCUAUUUUAUUAAA